UAUAAGUUAAAGUCCUCCAUUAAAGGCCGCAUCUUUCGUCCGCUGAACUCAAUCAAAUUUCUAAUGCUUUUUAUUUUUCCCUUUUUUUUAGUUUUUUGAGGUGGAUUUUUUCUGCUUUAUUCGAUAAAGUUGCAGAAGCUUGAUCAUGGCGGGAUCCGUUUUCUUGCCUUUACUUUGAUGCAUUUUUUUUUUUAUUUCACGUAAAGUGAAGUCUCACAGCGACAAUCGGGGGACCUUUUUCUGGGAAUGAAGUUGUAGAAGCUAAGCGAGGUUUCAUGGAGAGAUUGGCGUUCUUUUGCCUCUUUGACGUAUGUAUUGGGGUUGAAGUUCUCAUUUUGAAUGUUUGGGUUCUACGCUGUUUUUCUGCGUUUUGUGAGGUGUUCUUUUUGGUGCAUUAGUGGAAUGUUUGAUGAUUAAGAAGAAAUUUUUUAGACUUUCUGCAAUAUAUUUUUGGUUCAUUUUUCAGAGAUUGUUACAGUUGCAUGAGAAGAUCGAGUUUCUUAGUGGAUAUGUUUGCAAUUUCAAUUAUAUACUUGUAUUUGGAGGAAGUUUAUUUGAAAAUUGUAUUGAGAAGCUGAAUUUUUGAGGUAUUACUGCACAAUUGUAUUCUGUAAUCUUUACCUGAAGCAUUGAGAACUAGAGGGUUUCUUUUGGGAACAUCUGGGAAAGAUUUAGUUUCAUUGAUCCCCUGGUACAGUUUUUGAGGAAUAAUGGGCUAUAGAUAAUCACACUUCUCAGAAGGAUAUCAACUCUCAUAUGUAAGUUUUUUCACUCCAAUAUUUCAUCAGAAAAGUUAGGGGUUUGGAUGGAAGAUCGUAAGUCUUUGGAUCGAUUUUUCAAUGUCUGUUGUUAUGAUGGGCGUUCUGACAUCUGAGGAUUUGGGCUUAUGAGCAAUGUAUAUGCAUUAUGCUUUUUUCUGUUUAAUUGCAAAAAUUCUGUAAAUGAGAUUCAAAUUACAAGAGAAAAUAAAAGGAACAUUGAAAGUCUCUUUGAAGUCGAAAUUAUGAAUCUCUCAUCGCCUAAAGCAUUUACUGGAGUGUCCCUUCUUCCAAGGUCUGUAAUCUCCUUAUCCAUUGUGAUAAUUGUACUAGCUCUAUGCCUAAGUCUUACUUCAUUGCUCUUAAUUGCAUCACCACUUGGUUCAGCUGUUCAUGGCUAUCUUCUCGACAUCAACAUUAGUUCAACUGUUAAUACUCUGAGUAUGCCUAGGAAUUCACGAGUUCCUGAUAAAACCGCUGAUCUAACUCAAGAAACAAGAAAUAUUACCCAAGCAUUGGAAGAUGGGGGAAAACAGAUUGUUUACAAGGGUUCAGAAGGAGAUUCCAUUGAUCACUCAUCUUUCAGUGAUUCUGGGAAAUUGAGUUCUGGAGAUUAUGCAAAUAGCUCAUAUUCAGUAGAUGUUAGGGAAGGGGAGGGUGGUCUUAGUGUUUUAGGUAAUAAUUCAGGGAAGAAAUCUUCUUCUAAUGAUUCUGGAAAGGCUAAGAGUUUGCCUUAUGAUGCUGGUAAUUCUUUAAAAGCCAAUGCAACUGAACACUGGCCUUCUGAUUCCUUUAAUGGUUCAACAAAUGCUGGUUUACGUGAUUUUAUUAAUGGGUCGAUAACUUCUGGUAAUGGGGAAACGAAGGAGAGCCCAUUCAUUGAACAGUUGGGUGCAGGUUCUUCCAAGGACUUGGUGAAUGAAGGUUCAAUUGAAAAUGUUAAUUGUUCCAGUUCUGCAAUUGUUGUGGGUACAAUGGGGAACAAGGCUAAUGAAUCUCUCGUAUCUGGCUCUUUGAAAGAUUCUGCAAAGGUUGAUAUGGGUAAAUAUGCCAAUGACUCAACUUUUGCAAAUAGUAGUGUUGCAAUGAUCAACCAAACGGAAGAACCUCUAAGUUCUGUUUCGAAUCAGUCUGAAAAGUUUGAUUUAGGAGUGUGUGAUUUAUACCAUGGCAAGUGGGUUUACGAUCAGACUGGGCCAUUGUACACGAACAACACAUGCCCUGUUAUCACGCAAAUGCAGAAUUGUCAAGGGAAUGGACGGCCCGAUAAAGAGUACGAGAACUGGAGAUGGAAACCUCAUCAGUGCGAUCUUCCACAUUUUGAUUCCAAAAAGUUCUUGGAAUUAAUGCGGGGGAAGACACUUGCUUUUGUAGGUGAUUCUGUUGCUCGGAACCAAAUGGAGUCCAUGAUGUGCAUUCUCUGGCAGGUUGAAACCCCAAGGAAUCGAGGCAGCCGUAAGAUGCAACGCUGGUUCUUUCGCUCCCACUCAGUCACAAUUGUACGUAUCUGGUCGUCAUGGCUCGUCCACCAAAGCUCUGAGCCCUUCUCAUUCGCUCCUGCCGGCAUCGCAAAGCUCCAUCUCGACAAACCUGACGAAACCUUCAUGGACUUCCUCCCCUCCUUCGAUGUUGUUGUUCUCUCCUCUGGUCAUUGGUUCGCAAAGCAAUCAGCUUAUAUCCUAAACAAUGAAAUCCUAGGAGGCCAGCUUUGGUGGCCAGAUCCUAGUCGCCCCAAAAAGAUAGACAAUGUCCAAGCCUAUGGAAUUUCGGUCCAAACCUCUCUCUCCAGCAUUGCUGCUCACCCCAAUUUUACUGGCGUAGCCAUUGUUAGAGCUUAUUCUCCUGAUCACUAUGAAGGUGGGGAGUGGAACACUGGGGGCUCUUGCACCGGAAAAGUGAGGCCAUUGCGAGUGGGAGAAUUGGUUGAGAACUUGUUUACUGAGAGAAUGCACGCUCAACAAAAGGAGGGUUUUGAGAAAGCUCUAAAGAAGGGGAGCCAUGGGGCUUCAAGAUUGAGGUUCAUGGACAUAACAGAGAUGUUUGGGUAUAGACCUGAUGGGCACCCGGGCCCAUAUAGGAGCCCGGACCCGAACAAGAAGACAAAGCGGGGCCCACAUGGGGAGCCGCCUCCUCAGGAUUGCUUGCAUUGGUGCAUGCCGGGGCCCAUCGACACGUGGAAUGAACUUGUAUUUGAGAUCAUUCGGAGGGAGUUUGAGGGCAUCAGGUGAGAAAUUACUUAUUUUUUUGUAAUGUAUUUUAACAUUUUGUAUAAUUGAAUGCGUAUCCCACGAAAGAAAAUUAUACGUUAUCCUCAAUAUAUAAGAAGUUUGAGUCCAUGUCUGAAUUUGUAAGUGCCUGUUUUUGAGGUCUUAGAGAGGAAGAGGAACAGUUGUAAACUGAAGGUUGCAUUGUGGUAGAAGCUUGUGUUAUAUUU